AAAACGCAUAUUUGACAAAGCAGUUUGUGGUCACAUCUUAGCACAGGUGUUAAAUAAAACAGCUUUAAGAAAGCUCUUCUUUUUUUUGUAAGCAAAAAAGUCUGAAUUCAUCUAAAAGAAUAAUUUAUUCAAUAACAAACGCAACAACACACACACAAAUGAUGCAAAAAUACGAAUUUUGAUUUUAAGUUAUUCGUUUAAUUAAUGUGAUAGUUUGUGCUAUGUGACCAAUGCUUUUGUUGUUGUAAAUGUGCAAAGAAUCAAUUACAAGCAAAUCGAGCAGCUCGAGCAGUAAUCAAAAAAGAAAAGAAAAACAACAAAAAGCCCAACUUUAUCUGCUGCAUUUAGGACAACGACGUUUUCUUUGCGCCUAACCAUGAUGACACCAUUUGAUGAUUUUAUCUAUUUAAUAAAUCACGUGCUGCUUGGCGAAGAACCGACUAUCGAGGAUUUCAUACUGCUUGUGGGCACAUUGGUGGCAUUCAUAGCAUUCAUACUGUGGUGCUGUUUUCCCAUACAGCCAAAGGAGCCGGGACAACAUCGUCAAUUUACAUGCAAGAUAAUACCGAAUCAUAUAAAGGCAUUUGAUGCUGCAGCCGCCGCCGCUGCAGCCGCUACCGUUACGAACAGCAGCGGCAGCACUGAUAAGGGGACCGGCAACAACAACAGCAGCGGCGGCCCCAACAACAACACAAAUACAAAUACAAAUGGCAACAACGGGACGACGGGCAGUGCUGCCCAUAAUAAUGGCGGCAAUAAUCUUAGCCAAUACAAUGGCGCCGGCGGUGGCAGCAUCAGCGGCAGCUAUAGCAAAAACGGCAGUGUGGCCAUGCACAAUUAUUAUGUGAAGAGCGGCCAUCAUUGCUGCACCUAAUGGCAGAUGGCAAGGUUGCCACCACGGCGCAGCAGUUUUGUAGUUUAAAUCUUAGUUAACAAUUUGUAUAUGUGUUUAUUUUUUAUUUUAUUUUUUUUUCUUUGUGUAAUUUAAGUUUGUGCUAUGAUUGUCAUAAUAAUUGUGCCAAUUUAUUGUUCAAAAAGCGCAGCUAACUUGAACGUUAUUCCCCUAAACUCGUCCCUUUACCCCAAACGAAAACACAACACUUGGCCCCCCCCACACUCGAUACUUGAUACUCGAUACACUUGGGUGUUUGAAUAUAAUUCGCAAGCACAUUUGAAUUGUAAUUGCUCAGACUGAUUUGAUCGUGGCGAAAAGUCCAUGAUGACGUUGAAAUAUGAUUGAGAAAAUGAGAAAUGAAAAGAAUGAAAAGUAUGACGCAAAAGUUUUUAAAACUUCUUUCAUUUAGUAACAAGUAUAUAUAUAUAUAUAUUUAUAAUUGUAUUGUAUUGAAAACAAACAAAAAGAAUGGUAUACCAAAAUUAUACGAAAUAUGUAAAGACAAGCUAAAGCCUAGCAAAAACUAUUUAUAAGUAUUUAUGAUGUAACUAAUUGCAUAUUUAUACGCAUGUUAAUACAAUCACUAACAAUCCCAUUUACCCGUCCUUCCCACCCAUUUGACACCCAGUCUUCAUCCCAAUUGAAACCGACAACAACAAUUAUAAAGAACUACACUCGACCGAUAAUUCAUAAUAUACUUGAUAUAUAUUUAUAUAUAUAAAUAUAUAUACAUACAUAUAUGUAAUCAUUGUCAUUGUCAUGAAACGAGUUUCUGUUCUGUAUUUUAUAAGUGAAUAUUAUACUCGAAUACGAAGUCGCAAGAAUCACAUCAACUAGCAUAGUUAGUUAGUUUUUUUUUUGCUUUUUUUUCUCAGUGUAUACUUGCUAUAUAUAUAAGGUAUAUAAAUAAUAUGUGUUUGAUCUCAUUUAUCAAUUUAUUUAUGUGAUGUACAAGAACAAAAAAAAAAAAAAAAAAUGAAAACAAAUGCAAACUCUUCACGUCAAGGGUUAUAAAAAUGAAAA